AUGACAACAAUUUUUCACAUUACCUUAAGAUCUAUUUUAAUUAUAUCCAAAUGUAUGGGUUUAAUUGAUAUUUCAUAUACCGUGGGACCCACUGGAUUAUUUGUUCGGAAUAUAAACUCAACUUUCUACGUAUUUCUAGAAAUAACACGGAUGAUUGUGUUGUUAAUAUGCACCUACUUAUACUUUCAUCAGUUCGAUCCCGAUUUUCAUAUAUUUCAAUACAUAAGUAUAUUUAAAUUUUGGAUUGUUAUUAUCGCAGCCAGAGUUUCAACAAUAUGGAUAAUCAAAUUUAUUAAUGGCAUUAUCGAAUUUGAUCAAAGAAUUACACCAAUUUCUACAAAUUUGUUGAUCACACAGCAUUCAUUACAAAAAAAACAGUGGGACAGGAUUUUUAUUUCAUUCAUUGUAUACCUAAUUGGAUUUAAAUCCGUACAAGUGUAUUUAUAUCCUAUUAAGAAUGUGAACAUUAGUUCACUGGUACAGAGUUUAGUGUUCUCUCCACCAUAUGUUAUGGAUGCCACGGUGACUAUCACUUCGUGUUUCUUUCUUCAAAACUUGUACGUUAGAUUCCAGACAAUAAUCGAUUUUUGGAAAUGUCUUCCUACUGAGUUAGUUGCUGUUCCCGGUCAAUGGACACACACCGAAAUAGUGGUUUUGAUGGAAAACACUCGGCUGCUGCACUCCGAACUCUGUGAAUUGUUACAAACAUUUACUCAAGGUUACGGCCCAUUGCUUUUGGGUUUCUACACAUUCAGCUACAUAAGUAUGCUUGUCGGUGUUUAUUUUAUUGUCAACAAUGACCCAUUAUCCAGUGCAAAUACAGCUGAAAAGUUCCGAGUGGUAAUUCCACUCGUAAUUCACGUACAAAUGUUCUCGUUUAUGGUGUCUAUUAUCGUUUUUGUUUCAUUCAUAAACGAAAAGCGAAUAAAGAUGAUAUCAUAUCUACGAUUAUACCAAAUUUCUAAUUUACACUUGGACAUAAAACGUCAAAUCAAAAUGUUUAUGAAUCAAAUACCAGCUUAUGAAUUGGAUCGAAUUUCGGCGUUUGGAUUUUUUGAUAUCAAUUUAAAGCUUGUUACAUCAAUAAUUGUCUUAUUGAUAACUGGAAUAUCAACAAUGGUUCAGAUGAAAGAUCACCCAAUAAUAUUACAAUUAAACAAUGACACUAAGACGUUUUUGAUAAAAUUAUUCAAAACGUCGAGAAUUAAAUUAAAUUAA